CUAUUUAAGUGUUACAGGUGGACACCUGUUUUUCAUCUGACACGAAGGGAAGGCCUACACAUCCAAGACAGAAUGAAGCUGCCUGUGCUGUUCUCUUGUAUCCUGGCGCUUUCUGUCCAAAUCCUGAAAUUUGGGGCUGCAAGAUCUGAUCCAGAUGCAAUCUUGGCGAUUCGCUGUGAGGAAUAUCAUGGAAGAGUUUGCACCCUGGAAUGGGAUCCUUAUUGUGGCACUGAUGGACGGACAUACUCCAAUCUGUGUUUUUUCUGCCAGGGCAAUGGAUUUGAUCCGAAGGGGGCAGCCAAAACAAUUGCUCAGAAGUUGGCACACAGGGGUAAGUGCCAAGGAGUGGUCUGCCCCACGCAUUACGAUCCAGUAUGUGGCACUGAUGGACGUACAUACUCUAAUAAGUGUGUCUUCUACAAGGAAAAUGGGCACAAUCGCAAAGUGAAGGUGGCCCACAAGGGUGAGUGUUAUGUGGUUGAUCCCUGUGUGAUGUAUGGAAGACUUUGCCCCAAGAAAUGGGAUCCAGUAUGUGGCAGUGAUGGACUUGUAUACUCUAAUGAGUGUCGUCUCUGCCAGCAAAAUAGAAUGACUAUGAAGAAAGUGAAGGUGUACCGCAAGGGUUGGUGUUGAAUAUGGCAUGUUCCCUCAAAUGUGUCAAUGUUGGUGUGUGCAUUCCCCAACACAGUGAAUGACAAUCAAAUGCUGGUGAAGACAUAAUAAAAAUGUUUCAAAUUAUGAAUGGUGAA